UUCUCUUUUUAUAAACAGCAGCGCCGUGUGUGUGCUUUUUCUUUGUUUUAUGCUGGAAACCCGAUACGGUCGCGGUUCGUCUGCAACGGUCGCGUUUGAUCAGCUAAACGACAAAGAGAAAACUCGUUGCGUAACGGUUUUGUCGUACGAAAGACGUCGAUAAAGUAAGAGACGUCGUUCGAUAUGAAGAAUUAUUCGAUACAGACGCCUUUGUUUAUUUUCGCGCUUCCUUGCACCAAUAUAUCGGUAACGUUAGAAAAACGUUUACGUUUCACGGUGGGUAGGAGAACACGUGCGCAAUAUUUCGUUCUCUUGAAAACUAUCGACAAAAAUCAUUAUGUAAAGCAUAAGGAAGUUGGAAAAGACGCCUGUUGGCAAUUUUUAAUUCUUUGCGGCAUCUCUUUUUUGCCGCGUUUUCUUUUUUUGCCCUGUAUUUUUUAAUUAGAAAAAUGAUUUUUAACGCCUAUCUCGUAAGUUUUGCCGGGCGUUAGCAAGGCGUUAAGAAAGUAUUUUGGCCACCCACUUUUUGCUGCCGAACGUGAUUAAAGUCUUUGCCGCUUUUUGUCAGUUUUUCCAUAUUUUCAAACGAUAAGAAAAACAAUUUAGUUGUUGUAGUAGGAACGAUUGUCUGUCAUCUCGCGUAAUGCAUAUUUGGCCUUAUCACUCCUUUUUUUAUUUUCAAACAAAACGCAUGGCCAAUUUUUACAUUCUUGGUCCUAAUUACUAUGUCACUCGUAUAAUUAGCGAACGGGUCUUCUGUUGAUCGAAAAAAGACGGCUCUUUUUAGAUUUACAAAUGCUAAAUUAUAAAGUGUAACGUACAUAGAAAACAACGGGUUUUUGCACUCUAAUAAUUCUUACGUGCACUAGCGUCGUACACGUUUAUCGACGUAUUUUCUAUAAUGUCCUAAAAGAAAUGCAGCAAUAUGGGCGGAGUCUCGCCAAUCGCACCCGCCUAUUGGCUGAGAGCGGCUUUUUUGGCGCCACUUACGCCGCUCUUUCUUUGACUGUUCUCUCCGCAUUAGUUGUAUUGAGAAGAGAGAUGUUCGGUCAUCAGGAUUCGAGUGCCUAUUACGCGCCAACGGAGAUGUUCUGGGAUCAACGAAUAGGACAUAGCUGGCGGCAGGGUGAGCUUGUCUGGGUUUCUUUUAUUUUUUCGCAAAAAACGAUUUUUGCUGCUUCUAUAAUAUUUUUUUAACAAAAAGUUGGGUCAAAAAAAAUUAGGUUAGCUUUAUCGUUUUCUUUAAAGCCUCUGAAAUUUCACUUUUUAAAAUUAGUAGCGCAAAACGAACCGGGCGGAUGACGGUUAUUCAAAAAUUGAAUAAGUCUAUUGAUAGUGGUGAAUGUAAAUGAAUUAUUUCCUAUACAAAAAAAGACAUUAAACUUCUUAGUAGGAACACAAGAGAUUUUUUCCUUCGUAACGAAUAAAUUUGUGUGUGUCUUUUAAGACGAAAGAUUCGGGUAUACAUUUCUAUUUAGGUGAAAGAGAAAAAAAAGUGAAAAAUAAAUAAAAAAACACCAAGAUAAAAAAUUGAAAUAAAAAGAGAAGAAUUAAAACUGUUCGAGUUAACGACAUAUGUAAAUAUAACAAAGUAGAACGGCGGAAGAAGGAAGGGGGAAUAUCGAAGGAAUUAGGCGUUUAGAUUUGAAUAUUUUAGAGGUUACAUCUCUUCCGACCACGUUAUAUAUUUACUAUAUUUAUUACGUUUGUAUAUGUCUGUGUGUAUGAGGGUUUAAAAGCGUCCUACGUAGUUUUUUUAUGAAUUAAUUUCAAAAGAACGAAAGAGGCGGCAGGUGACGUUCAACGAAAUACUUAACUAUUCAAAUAACGUACAAUAAUUUUUUCGAUGCGACCAAGUUUAUUUCCUCUCUAAUUAUUUACUCUAACGCGAAUUUUUCUAGGCCUAAGUAUUGCCACCCUUUAUACGUAGUGAAUUGCGUGCGAGCUAGCUCUUUCCUUUUCAACGCACGUAAUAGGCCUGCUUGGAAAUAUGCUUGAACCAAGCACGCGCUUAACACGCUCUUUCCUUUUAUAUCUAAUGUAUAGACCAGAAAGACAAGUGGGUUGUUGAAAGCAACCUUAAAGAAAGCCAUGUCUCAUUUCCGUUUCAUUUCUUUAUAUUUCUAGAAUAUAAUUUCUACCAAUUUCAAUACUUAACUGUACACUUUGUCAAAGUUUUGAUAGAAAAAAAAAAUAAAGAAGGCAGCGAGUGAAGAGGUAGAUGUGUUAGCUUGUUGUAUAUUACCAUAAUAAAUAGGCCUAAAAGGCAAGGUUCCUAGUUGAACACUAUUGUAAAAUGAAAAAAGGGUUUAAGGAAAGGAGGUAUAGAAUUAAAGAAAAAAAAAUAUUUGAAAGAGGAGAAAGCACGCGUCGAGCACGCGAUUUUCUUCAUACCUUCGAAUUGACCCUGAAAGUAUAUUUUUUAAUAUAAAUCUCUCCCCAACGUGUGUGAUCCUCUUUGAUUAUUAUAUUCUCUCAUAUGAAAUUCUUUCGUCGUCUCGUCUUAUUGUUGUUAGGUCGGGAUCGGGCCGUUUCAUUGAUUUAUAUAUCCAAUAAACGCGCCUCAUGAGAUAUUUUAAAAUGAUCUACUACAUAAACCACCGCCUCCGUUGCAUUGGUUUUUAUUCUUUAUGCUUUUUUUUUUUUUCAUUCUAAUUUUUGGUUGGUUCCAUCUCCUUCCGCCUUUCCGAAACACAUAAAAGAAUCUAUACAAGUUCUUUUCGGCAAUAAUUUAGAUUAGAAAGAUACGGUAGAAGAGAAUUAAGUCGAUCGGAAAAAAGAGGUCGAACGUUAUGGCGCAUACGAUAAGAACUUUUUCUAUGGCUAAAAAUUUUUUUUGUCUAUAUGCAGUAUAUAAUUUAAUAUAUAUGGAAUGUUGAAAAAAGCGAAAAUGGAAUUUUUGUAUAAAAAUCUAGUUAACCUUUCAUACAGUAUAUCCUCUGACACACAUACUCUCUACUUUCCUCCCUCCCUCCCCUCCCCUCUCUCCCCUCUCUCCAACUUUGCGAAUUUUUGGCGUUAUUCCUGGUUUCCCAGUUAAUAUCGAAAGCGAACGUAUCAAAAAGAGAACGAAAAAAAAAUAGCACACGAGACAAGGUCCAUUUGGACGCAUUCAAUAUUAUUUACGUGCCGUUUGCCAUCUUUUAUUACAAAACAUUAUGAGACCUUAACCGCUUUUCUAUUAACUUUAUAUUAUUUUUAUGAUUUUGGCGAUAAAUCGUGAAAAAUGCGGGUCAUAUAUUGAAAUGUGUGCGGAAUUAAUAUUUUGCCCUUUUAAUCUUCUCCAUCUUAAAAGUUAUAUAUGUAUAGUAUGUAAAUAGAAUAAGGUAGAGGGUUUUAUCAUUUUUCAAUGGAUGAUCAAGUGCCCGGUAAUAUAUUCGGCAAAUAAAUAUUGACCUCGGCCAGUCGCAAUAAUUUCGGAUUGUUGGAAUUAUGCGUAGACACGAAUUUUUUUAGUUUACGUUUAGAGAAUUUCAAGAUAAAAAUGCGGAAUUUAAUAAAAGCUAAAUGAUUAUAUUAGAAUGAAUUAUAAGAGGAGUACAAGGGAGUUUGAGAGACUGGCAGAUUGGAAUAGGGAACUAGGUGAUGGAAACAUAGAAAAGAGAGCAAAAUUAAGAGGAAGCAGACGUCUGAGCAGAUUGUGGAAAGGGUUCUUUAUAAAAAUUCUCCUUGUUAGAGUGUCUGUCUAUGUGCUAUUUAUUUAUUAAUCUGUUCAGGGUUAGUGUUGCGGCAUUUUCUGGAAAAUAACCGGAUGAGAUAGUGUUGUUUAACUUUUUUAACAUUAGGAAUGUUGACGCGUCCUUCAGCAUUCGUGUUCGUCCUUAAUCGGAUUAUAAAAGAUUAAGCAACUAUGAAAAUUUCUUCAAUUCUUCUUCAUUUUUUACAGAUCAUCUACUUCGAGCGGCCGCCGGAAGUAUGACGGAACGCGGUGGCGAAUUGGGAACGUAUCAUCCUCUUUGGACGUCCGACGGUGCUAUAGCGCAGGUAACAUUUUUACGCUUGCGCGAUUCAGAAAAGCUGAGUGGCGUACAUCUGCCGCGAUUUUUUUACCUUAAACUUCGCGUAUCCGAUUGCCCAGACGAAUGUUUGAAUGCGUUACCCGAAUGAACUAAAUAGAACAACCAAUAGGAAAAAUUUUAAAAGAACAACUUGACCACACGUGGUCAACCACGCCCCUCCUACUUGACCCGUCCACAAUUUAACCACGCCUACUGACCACGCGACUCGGACCGGUCCACGGCACGCGCCACUGUUUCCCCUCGUUUAACCCCGAUUUCGAGGUGGCGCUGUUGUUUAACGUUGUGUGUUUGUCGCGUACCCAUUGUUGUUUUGCAUUUUUACAUGGAACGCGGAAUGUACCAGUACGACUAUUGGGUGAGUGGAUUUUUUUUCAGGUGUAUACGCUGUUCAAAGCGAGCGAACGCGCGCGCGCGCGCUCUUUUCCUUGGAGCUUUUUUUCUCAACGCCCUGAAUAUUCACGCACCAUCUGACAAGAAACGACGCGGAAUUUAGAACGCGACCCGAUUUUUUUUUUUUUAAGUAGAGAUGGUGAUAGACGGAACGAGUUUUGCACGUGUUGCAGUCUAGUUAAAAAAGCAUCUUUUCGGAAAUUUUACCAUAGCCUUUUCCAUUUUAUAUUGCCUCGUCCUUCACCGCCCCCAUCCCUUUCUUAUCUUCAUUAUUGGGACAAUAUACCGUCUCUCUAUAUCGUAUUGUUGGCAUUUUUUAUUUAUAUAAACAGUAUUGACGAAAGAAGAUAAUUUUAAUAUGCUCUUAAAGUCCCUUUUCCCGUCGCUCACCCUCUCAUACUUAUUUAUACAGUAGUUAAUAUAUAAAUAGGCAAAUAAAUAUAAAGCAGAUAGAGCAGCUCGACAAGUCGGCCUUACAGUAAAAAGAAAAAAAAAGGAUAAACAAACAAAAUAAUAAACUUAAUUGAGUAAAUAUGAAGAGAAAAACCGUAUAAAUCGUUAUAACUACUUAUAGAACGCGGCUAUAUUACAGUAAUCGAGUAUAUUUGACUCAAAACCUAUUCGCUGUAAAUAUAAAUUACGUUAAAAGUAAAAAGAAGAAAAAAACGACGAAGCACUAAAAAAAACGAGAAGUAAAAAAAGAAGACAAGAAAAAAGACUAUAAUUUUGUAUGGAUUAAAUAAGAGAUAUUUAAGAAUUUCUUCCUAUGCAAUUUAGGAUAGAUAAUUUCAUAUCGUAUCUCUUGCAUAGCUAUGCGCGCGUUAUUAUACAGUAUAUAGUCUAAAAUGUAUAUAUAGAUAUAAGCAUGUAUAGGUAGAAAAGAAAAGCAUAACAUGUAUACACCCAUCUGGUGCGAGUAUGAUUUAUUCUUUAUGCCGUCAGCUUUUAUGUUAAAUGUAUGAUUUAUGUAGAAAGAGCACAUAUAGAAAAAGGAGAAAAAAUCAAUUCAUAAAGGAAGGUUUAAAGUGUAAAAUAUAAUUUUUCGCCUGAUCGAAGUUUGCGCGCGUGUCGGGGCCAGGAGAAUAUCGGAAGUGGAGAAGAAUUCGAUUCCGAUGAAUUGAACGAGCGCAGGCAUGCACGACGCCGUCGCCGCCCUGAGCCACAUACCGCGAGCGUUCGGAAUGUUGCGUUAGAUUAUUGUAUGUCAAAUUUUUUCUAUGUAUGGGAAAUAUAUGUACGCAAAGGUCGAGUUUGACGGUUUUCAGAUUUUUUAAGUGAGUGUGUGAGUGAGAGAGAAAGAACGAACGAAUGAACGAAAGAAAGAAAGACAGACAUUGCGAGAGAGAUGUUUAACAGGAGGGGAAGGUGAGGGCGAGAGAAAGAAAGGGAAUGAAAUUUUUCAUUUUCAAACCAAAAGAGGAAAUGGUCAAAGAAAUUAAACGUACAAUUUAUACACUUAACUUGUUUUGUUAGGUCAACGACGCCAACAUAUGCAAUCCGGUAGCAACAAUGGGCGGCGGUCAAGCUACCAACAGUCACUACCCCCCACCAAAGGUGUCUGCCCUCUUCGACUCUACUUGCCCCCCAUGCCCACCGCCGCCACAUCCAUCCGUCAUGUCGCAGCCAGGCUUAGUUGUACCGCAGCCGUUGAAACCGUCCAGAUCGGCCAAGACCUAUCAUUGCCGGAUGUGCGAACAGGUUUUCGACUGCAAAUCGGACCUGCUCGUUCAUAGCCAACAAGUGCAUAAGCAGGACCCAAAGCCUUACAAGUGCCCAACCUGCAACAAGUGCUUCGCCAAUUCAUCUUAUCUAAGUCAGCACGCACGCAUCCAUUCCGGAAUCAAGCCGUAUCGUUGCAAUAUUUGCGACAGACGAUUUACACAACUUUGCCACCUGCAACAGCACAUGCGUACUCACACAGGAGAGAAACCUUAUAAAUGUUCUCAUCCUAGCUGUGGAAAGGCCUUUACGCAGCUAAGCAGCUUACAAUCCCAUAGUCGGUCGCAUAUGACCGACAAACCAUACAGAUGCAACAGCUGUUAUAAAUGCUUCAGCGACGAACAGGCGUUAAGGGAUCACAUACCGAAGCAUUCAGAGACGAAACACUUAAAGACGCACAUUUGUCACGUUUGCGGAAAGAGCUACACGCAAGAGACUUAUCUGGCUAGACAUAUGCAAAAGCACGCCUAUGACCGCAAUUGUCCUAUUCAACCAGGCCAACAGCAAACGCCAACCGUAACGCAGCAUCAUCAUCCUGCCACGUCUAUUUUCGACCUUGCUCCACCAGGCCCACAUACGUUGGCACCGAUAACUUCUCUUACGCAAUCGCAUCAAGAUGACAUAAAAUGUUCUGCCUUCCUUCCCAUUUCCUCCUUUGCCUCCCUGGCUCCACCACCACCUCCGCCGCCUCUUCCGUCGCAGUAUAACGGACUGCAAUCGAGUGAAUUUUCAACAUCAACACCGGCAACAAGUUCAACUUCCUCUAACAGACGCCCAGACAACUCGGCAGUGACAUCGUCACCGUUUCUUAGUCUGCAACAGAUAAAGUCGUACUCGAAUCAGAACUCUUUUUUUCCAUCCGUAUCCACUUCAAGUAGUCCAAAGGACCAUCAGCAGCCUUACGUUUAAUUUAUGCAAUUUAGCUAUCACGUGACUGCUGUUCUAAUUCUGGACGCUGUAGACGUUUGAAAAGAAAAGAAAAGCAAAGGUGUUUUGAAAAAAAAAUUUAUGUAAAACAAAAAAUAGUCUUAGUAAAAAUUUAUUUUUUUUUCCUUGUUUCUUUUUUUUUUCUCUAUUUUUUUUAUAAUUAUCAUUAUUAUCAUAAUUAUUAAUAUUAUUAUUAUUCUGCUCUGUUUAAGGUUUAUAUGGUAAAAAAAAAGAAAAAGAAUGAAAAUUAUUUGUUUGUACGUGAAAAAAGUUUUUUUUUGUAUCUAUACCAGCUCCUUAAUAAUGUAUGUAUAGCUUAUUUAUUCAGAUCUUUAUAUAUACAUAUAUAUUGGUUCUAUUGGUUUUUUUUUUUCCUUUUUUUUUCUCUUUUUCUCCUUUUUUUGAAGAUUACGUGUAUGCGUAUGUAUAGACAUUUACGGAUAUGCAAACGUAUGUAUGUAGGUACACACUUUUCUGUUUAUCGGGAUCAUACGUAAAUAUAUGUAAAUAUAUUAGUGUAUCUAUAUGUAUAUAUAGAUAUAUAUAUAUAUAUGUUUAUACGAAUGCGAAUGGAUAUAUACAUAUGUACAAAGUUAUAUACGUAUCUAUCCAAUCAAAACAUCUAUGUGUAAAUUUAUAAAUGACUGUGUAUAUGUAUACGCUGAAAUAUUUCUCUUUAUUUUUCAUUUUUGUUAUUUGGUGCUAUGUUCGCGGAAAUUUUACGCAUUAAAGACUUAUUUAUUACAAAAGACGAAUUAGGUGGAGUUUUUUUGUUUUUUUUUCUUCUUCUCUCUCUUUUCAAAAGUUGAUUUUCAAAACACCGUUUGUCUUAUUAAGAAUGCCUAUUAUACAUAUACAAUGUAUACGUUUUGCCCGGUGAUAUUUUUUGCCAUAUUCGCGUGAAAGUGUCUGUAUACAUUAUAUAAAAAAUUUUUUCGUCUUUUAUUGUUCUACAUGCAGCUAGUAUUUAUAUUUGCGUGUACAAAAAAUUUCGACGAUAGUAGGUUUCGUUAUUUGUUCACUUUCUAUACAUACUUUGCAUAUAAGUGUAAAUGACUUUUGUGUAAGUGACGGCUGCUAUGUCGGCGACAUUUCUUAACAAGUAAGCGCCCUCUACUAAACAUUUAUAAUUAUUACUAUAACUAAAUAUAAUAUAUGUAUACAUAUAUGUAUAUAUAUAUAUGUAUAUAUACUGUAUUUGUAUGUAUAUACCUACGUACAUGUAUAAUUUUUCAUUAUCUGUGGUUAAAUGUUAUAUGCUAUAUUUCGGGCUGUUUAGCGUCAACAGUCUGCUACAUUUAAAAAAGACAUCGCCUAUUUUCGUUAAAGCUUUCUGCUUAGAGAUAAUUUGAAAGAAACGUAGAAAUGUUAGGGAAUUGGGGUUUGAUAAAAGAGGGAAAGAGAGAGAGAGAGAGAGAGAAGGAGAGAGAGGGAAAAGAAAAAAAGUGCAAUGGGACAUAAUAGAGAAAAAGUGACAUAGUUAGAAAUAUAGCGUUAAAGUGAAAAAGGGAAAAACAAAGGGAAAAGGAGAUAAUUAAAGAAAAGAAAGAAAGCAAAAAAGAAUCUUAAGAUAUAUAUAUAUAUAUAUAAUUCUGCGCGCGCAUAUAAUGCACAAACACAUGCAUGCAUAGCGAAAACAUACACACCUACUUAUGCAUAUUUUCUUAGGUGUGAAGAGCAUAAUCGUGCUAAAUACGACUGCCCAAGCGUGUGCGUUUUCUAAGCAUGUUUGUAUGCCUUUCUAUUUUCUUGUAUCAUGUACGAGUUUGUCUGUAUUUAUAACUGUAAACAGUUUUGCAAUCUUUCUUACUUAAAAAUUUGUACGCUGAAUGAUUUACUCUUGAAACUGUCGGCUCAAAGGCGUCGGAAAAUAUAGAUUGAAAGAAAAAUUUCCUAUUGUAAAAAUAACUUAUAUUUUUAUUGACAUAAAUCAUUUUUAUUAUUACUUGA